UGCUGCAAUAUAGUUUGAAAACCUUUAUACCAUUGUACCAAAGAGUGGUAGCUGAAAACUCAAGAAUGUUCUAUAACUCAAGCUAUAUAAGUUAUGAGAAGGGAGUGGUUUCAACUUGUAAGUUUGCACUUAAAUGAACACACCAUUUUUCCUAUCUUAUUGCACAGCAUGGGGGAUCUUCCUACUACAAACAUGAUACUAGUACUAUAGGUCUUAGUUUUCAUUCACGAGCUUAUCUUGCAGAUGAUAAAGUAGUAAUUGACUCAAAUGGGUUAGAACUGCCAAAGCAUCAUCAGAAGUAACUCCUUUUAUAAUUUUAUUGGUGCAUAUCGCAUCUUUAUGUACUUUUUUUUCCCAAUUCAAGAGCUGCAUGGUUAUCAAAGCGGUCUCAUCGUAAUUUCAGUAGCCUUAGCAGGGUUUCCAUCAUAAAAUAUUCAAUAGACAUUGAUCAGUUCUCUUUUGGGUAUUAAGAUAUCAUGUGACUUUGGAUUUAUACUUAUAUACAAGGGAUGUAAAAUUUUUACUAAUUUGCUGCCUCAUCCUGGUGUUCUGGUGUUGAAUGAAAUAUGUAGUCGCCUUCCAGAUUUUUAAGCUACUGGUGCCCGUGACAGCGCCCUACUCAUAUUUCUUCCUUAGUCUUUGGAUGCUGGCCAAAAGCAAAUGGCUCUGGUUCAUGAAAUCUGAAUUAUAUGGUGGCCAGCAGUAAGCCAAGUAGGGAAGGGUUCGUAUUUUCUUAAAAGUUUGUGUCCAGGUUUGUGAAUAAAUAUAACUGAAACAGUGGUUGUCGAGUUGUUUCUCUUAUUUAAAGUACUGCAUCUUGUUUUGAAACGGUAUUUGGUUGCUGAUGUUCGACAUGAGACUGUUAGGUGUGUUGUCAAGAGUACAUUAUGGAUUUGUGGAAUGUGUAAAGGAGUUGAUACAUCAUUCUCAUUAUUAUCUUUGCUCUCAACUUCUUUUACUGGCAUGCAUAGGUUUUUUUCUGGGGAUGGGUUAUGUUAAUUUCCUGCCAGUGGAUAAUUUUGCUCAUCUCUACCCAGCAGGUUGAACAUUAUGGACAAGUAUGUAUGAAAAUACAAACCUACAACCUUCCAUUCCAUGUAGUACUACUGAAGGGAGCAUGUCACAGACUCACAGUAGGUUGUGUGAGUUGAAGUCCAUCGGAUGAGCUGUUAGUCCAAUCAGAAUCUGUUUUUGGCUAUCUAAUCCUCAUUCAUCUACCAAGUUGCUUGUGGGUUGUGGUCCAUCUUUGAGGAUCCUUUAACUUACUUCCCUAUGAUUUUGAGUUACGGGGGUCUGCUGGUUAGAGGGAAGUAAGUUAGAUAAUCUUUGCAUGGAAGAGGAUCCUCUAACUUACUUCCAUUUAGCUAGCAGGCCCACAAAUUAGAGGGAAGUAAGUUAGAGUAUCUCAAUCCAUCUUUCAUAGCUUGUUUCACUGUUGGUCCAUCACUGCAUCUUAUUCACCAGAAUAUUUGAAACAUAUUAUCUGCUCUAUGCUUAGAAAAAUGUAUUUUCUUAAAAGACUUUUCUUCUAUCAGUAAACUAUUUGUAAAUUUUAUUUUUUUUAAAAAAAUAAUAAUUUAUCACUGUAAUUGAGUAGGUAAUCUACGGUAAUAAUUCACUAAGUAAUCUAAAUCAAACUGGACCUUAACUAUGAAGUUCUGUAGACUAACCUGCUCGCCAUGCUUCCAUCUGCACGUAGAUUAUAGCUGUUGGAUGCAGCUCUCAACACUGAUAGAUGAUCAGACCAGGUUAGUGGCUGGUGUUCAUCGGAUGCGACCAGAUUGCCAGAAAAUCUCCAUGAUUCUUUGCCGACGAUCACUUGUCGUAUCCGAUCUACUAGCCUAUCAUGCAUGCACAGACGAAAAAGGCAUCUUACUUACUCCAAUGAUGAAUCGUUGGCGAUAAAACUCUCGAAAAAUGCCAAGAAUCUAGCUCCAUCCUAAUUAGUGGCGAUAAAAUCACAAAAAAUUCCAAGAACGCUACAGAUGAUAGUGGUCACUGCCUCACUGGCUAGCUGCCGGUGGUGACCAUGGAGCAUGGGAGUGUCAAGCUGCUGCUGCUGGUGGUGUUCUGUGUCUCGCCAUGGCAGGUCGCCGCGACGACGACGGCGAAUGGUACGGGCGGCGGCGGGAGGCCGCGGGUGCCGGCCGUCCUGGUGUUCGGCGACUCCAUCGUCGACACCGGCAACAACAACGCCGUGCUGACGCUCACCCGGUCCAACUUCAGGCCCUACGGCAAGGACCUCAACGGCGGCGAACCCACCGGCCGCUUCUCCAACGGCCGCAUCCCGCCGGACUUCCUAGCGUCACGGCUUGGCUUGAAAGACCUGGUUCCGGCCUACCUCGGCACCGACCUCACCGACGGCGACCUCCUCACCGGCGUCAGCUUCGCCUCCGCCGGCAGCGGCUACGACCCGCUCACCUCCACUCUCGUGGCGGUUCUGCCGAUGCAGGAGCAGCUGAACAUGUUCGCCGAGUACAAGGAGAAGCUCGCUGGGAUCGCCGGCGAGGCCGCCGCCGCGAGGAUCGUGUCGGAGAGCCUGUUCCUCGUCUGCGCCGGCUCCGACGACAUCGCCAACAACUACUACCUCGCCCCCGUCAGGCCACUCCAGUUCGACAUCUCAUCCUACGUCGAUUUCCUCGCCAAUCUAGCCUCUGAUUUCGUCAAGCAACUUCACCGGCAAGGGGCGAGGAGGAUCGCCGUCCUGGGGAUGCCGCCGAUCGGGUGCGUGCCGUCGCAGCGGCGGAGCGUCGCCGUCGACGCCGCGGGCGGCGGAAGGGAGUGCGACGCGGCCCAAAACCGCGCGGCGCGGCUGUUCAACGCCAAGCUGGAGCAGGAGAUCGGCUGCCUUCGCGAGACGCUGCAGCUGCAGAGCAUCGGCUACGUCGACAUCUACGGCGUCCUGGACGACAUGAUCGCCGACCCCGGCAAAUACGGAUUUGAUGUGUCGACGAGAGGAUGCUGCGGCACCGGAGAGUUCGAGGUGACGCUUCUCUGCAACCAGCUGACGGCGACGACGUGCGCCGAUGACCGGAAGUUUGUCUUCUGGGACAGCUUCCAUCCUACUGAGAGAGCUUACAGCAUAAUGGUGGAUUAUCUGUACCAAAGAUACGUGGAUAAGCUACUCUAAGGUUUUGCUACUUACACUAUUUAUUACUACUUGGUUAUCAACCGAGAACACAAUCUCGUGCUGUAAAAAUUAGGAGGGUAAUUAUGCAACCUUAGCACAGUUCCAGCACAAUGUCACAUGGAAAACUACCAAGAGAUGUGAGACCCUUUUGUUCUGAUAAUGGAAUUAUGAAAGUAAAACUUCUUACAUCUA